AACCACUUUACCUAUUUUCUCCCCUCUCUUUCCCCCCUCUCUCUUUCUCUGAUUUUUCUCUCUAUUCCUCUGUCUUUGCUCUUAAACACUAUUCAUUAUCCAUUUUUCGUGUGAAUUUAAGUGAGCAUAAGAUACUAGAGUUUUACGAAACACACUUCCUAUUUCUACAAUACACACCUCCUAUAUAUCCAUGUCUAUGUUUUAAAUUUUACUCUUUAUAUUUUUCUCCCUUUUUUUAAGAGAGAGAACAGAGAUACUCCUGAAACCUGGAACCUGAUCAUCGGUAACACAACCUCAGGAAUGUCGGAAGUUAAGGACCCGGCGAUAAAGCUUUUUGGGAGGACGAUUCAGCUGCCACUGAUCCCCAAUGACCCUUCUCCACCACCACCACCACCUCCUCCUCCUCCAUCUUCUUCUUCUCCACCAACUGAAGUUGAAGUGAGUUCUGUAUCACAACCAGAAACAGAGGAACCAUCAAAGAGAGAACUAACCUCAACACAAGAUAAAGAAACCACAGAGGAUUUGAAAUCUCCCACAACAACAUCUUCUGGCAUAUUUGAGAACCCAAAGACUCCCACAAAUGGUGGAGAACAGAGUGAGACCAGUGUUUCUCAAGAAAAAACUCCCAAGAAACCGGACAAGAUACUUCCGUGUCCGCGAUGCAACAGCAUGGACACCAAAUUCUGCUACUACAACAAUUACAACGUCAAUCAGCCGCGUCAUUUCUGCAAGAACUGUCAGAGAUACUGGACUGCCGGAGGAACAAUGAGGAACGUGCCAGUAGGCGCUGGUCGCCGAAAGAACAAAAACUCUGCUGCAUCGCAUUAUCGCCAGAUAAUGGUCCCGGAGGCGCUUCAAGCAGCUCACCUCAAUGCCCCCAGUGGACUACACAAUGCUGUCUUGACCUUUGGCCCAGAUUCUCCUCUUUGUGAUUCCAUGUCCUCUGUAUUGAACAUUGCGGGAAAAGCCACAAAUGGUGUUGUAAACGGGUUUCAUGCACCGGAGGCAGCAACCACUUUUGUUUCCUAUGGUAGGGAUGAUGAUGGGAAUGAUCACUCAGUUGGAGUUUCUGGUACAACUUCAACUUCAUCAGAGAGGAGAGGCCAUGCCAGCUCUCAUGAAUCGGCUGAUAAAAGAGUCGAAAGUUUCCCUCCUCAACUAACUUACUUCCCAAGUAAUUCUCCAUGGCCGUAUCCAUGGAAUUCGCCAAUGCCUCCUCCUCCCACAUUUUGCCCUCCAGGCUAUCCUAUGUCGAUAUACACCACCCCUUCAUACUGGCAAUGGAAUGUGCCAUGCAUCUCACCCCAAUCUCCGGCCCCUGGUUCCGGCCCAAAUUCGCCGUUGGGGAAACACUCAAGGGAUGGUAACAUCAUAACCCCGGCCAAUUCGCAAAAGGAAAAGCCCAACACAGAAAGCAAUAAUGUGUUGAUCCCCAAGACACUUAGAAUUGAUGAUCCUAGUGAAGCUGCAAAGAGUUCAAUAUGGUCAACACUAGGAAUCAAGAAUGAGAAGGCCAACUCUCUCAAUGGAGGAGGCCUCUUCAAGGCGUUCCCUUCCAAGGGUAACGACAAGAGUCACGUGGUCGAGGCGUCACCGAUGCUGCACGCCAACCCUGCCGCCCUGACGCGGUCUCUCACCUUCCACGAGCGGACCUAGUUGAGGCAUUACAUCAAACACUACAUGAUCAAAAUGGGAAAGUUGAGGUUAUAAUGUUAUACCAGUAAAGUAAAAGCCUUAAUCCUGAUUUUUGCUGACACAAGUUUCUUGAUUGACCAACAUCUAUGCAGGAUUCUUAGGACAGCAAUGGUGUUCUUUUAGCUUCUUCCAUAGCUAUAACAGCUUAACCCUGUAUGAGUGUGCAGGUGUUUAGAUAUGUUGAGUAAAUAUCUUCAAUGUACAUAUAUAUAAUAUAAAUGUGAGACAAGGAGAAAACAGAGAAAAGAAAAGGAGAUUCUUCCACUAAAAUCCAAUGGUUUAGAAUAAAUUUCUUAGUCUUCAUCUAAGGCAUGUCACUUGAUGCUUUUUUUUUUUUUUUUG